AUGAUGGUACAGGUCCGGUUGCAAAGAAAACCAGGUACAAAGACAACCACUGCAUUCUCAGACAGGGUAGACUACUUGCACAGUUGCCUUUCUUCCAAAGGAACAGGACAAAGACAUGCAGUGCAUUCUCAGCCUGUCAGCCAGGAAAGAAUACUCGCAGUUCUGUUUCUUCCAUCAAAAGAAUAG